AUGGUUGUGACGAACCUGACGGAAGAAAGCUCGACAAAUGUGACUGGGCAGACUCCUUGUCUAGAGGAUGUCAUUGCCCAGACCAUUCACGACACUGGAUUGGCGCACAAUUUCUAUAACCAGAAUGCUACAGCCUUAGACUCGGCAUCUGACGCGAUGGUUGUGGACAUCUCAAAGAAGAAUGCGACCGACUUUCUUGGAGAGGCAAAGAAGUUGAUGGAUGCCCUAGAUGUUCUGCAACAGGUCCACCCGUUUGUUGGUGACUUAAGGACACUAGAGACCCUGCCAUUGUGGGACCUCACAGUGAAAUUUGGGGACGGCAUCAAGAAAGAUAUUGAGGAUUGUGGAAAUGCCAUUGACAAAUACUACAAGUCAAAAUUCAUUUUGAAAUUCUUCAGAUCAUCUCACUGGGCGAGCAAGUUUCUGAAACUUUGCAGCAGCUUUUCCCAGCGUACCCAGGACCUCCAGCUCGCCUUGAAUAUCAGAACGACCUUGAGAGUUGACAUUGCAAUCAAUAAGCUGGAGAAACUGAUCCAGCGGCCAAGCGAACACAAAGCAAGAUUCGAGAAAGAAGUGCAAAUGCGCGGUAGAAAGGAGAAGUGUUAUGGAAGCCAAGAAAUAAUGGUAGAGCUACUGAAAAUUGCCGAGCAUCAGGAAGCACAUCCACAGAAUACAGCAUAUCCUGAGCCUUCCUCCAAAGAUGUCAACAAGCCUGCUUCCAAGACCACUUCGGCGAGCAGAUUGGUCAUUGAGAAGUCCUGCCUUGAUGCCUUGCUACUUUAUGAACUGUAUGCUGAUUUACACAUCUUGCUCAACGAGAACUGCACGCUCUUCAUGUUCAAGCUUGACAGGCAGACAUCUGACAUCAAAGAUGCUAUAAUGGAUUCUGAAGUGCGCAUCAUAUGGGCCUUCAACAACAGAUUCCAACAGGUCAAGGAUCCACACCUCCAAUAUAUCUGGAGAGAAAUGAAAUGGACAACAAAUGUCAAGGUGCUAUACUUCAUCGCGGAACUCUAUGACUAUUACGUGAAUCGUUUCUCCCACCGCCGUCAUGAUGCUCUACGCCCACAAGUGACAUCGGAUGCUUCAUCUUUGAUGGUGCAAUUUCCAUCCCCAACACCUACUGUCUCUGUCACCUCGGAUUCAGAAGGAGAAGAUCACGAGAUUCCAGCAGUAGAUCCUGCAUACCACGAGCUUCCUGCAGUUGACCCUGCAGACAAGUGGUGCUUGAAAUACUUGAGCAUUUUCUAUGUUCCAAGUUUAUCAGAAGGCUUCAAUGGCAAUGCAAACAGUUUGGCUGGAGUCUGCCGCAAGCACUUGCGUACUGGGCUGCAGAUCUUGGACAGCAUGAUUUAUGUGCAAGCAGAUGUGCUUCCAGAAAAUUGGAGGUGUAUUGCCAGAUACUUGUAUUCAUAUGCUAUUCAUGGGCAUUUACAUGGUAGACAGGUAUCAAAUGUCUUGUCUGUUCUCUUACAGAGCUUGGAACAGAGAACUCGGACUUGGAUCUCACGUGAUUGGUUGCUCGGCGUUGCACGGCUCAGGAGCAAAUAUCUGGUCACAUUGAAAAUGAGGCAUUUACAGAUCAUGAAACUUGCCAGCACAGUAAUUCUUGCUGAGAGAGAACUUGAGUCUGCAACUCAAAUGAUAGAAAAUAUCCUGGAGGGGGUGUCUCUGCGUGUGGAGCAAUUGGCAGAAUCAUUCCGUCAGCAGGGAAAUGAUCCAAAAGUGAGAUUCACUUGUCCAGGACAGAUCACAGAAGACACCGAAUACUGGCAAACCCACAAUUUCGGGUUUGACGAGACUGAGCUGGAGAUCGAUAUGACAGCACUGAAGUUUGGUCCCUUCAGUCUUACAAAGGACAAUAAUCUGUUAGAAAGACUGCACUUCAUUGCAUUUUAUCCUGGUCAGCAGCCUCAAGACACGAGGGAAGAAUAUAUCUAUUUGCGGUGCAUGAAUGAGCUCCACAAUACACGGAACCUCUGGCAUUUCUAUAUCCCACCUUACCUAUCGUUAAAAGACAAAGAAAGGUUUGAUAUCCUAUCCCAAGAGCAACCGCCCACAGACAUCAAGAGCUGGAAUUCAUUAGCCGAACUCCACAUGCGCAGGCGACUGUUCGAGUCUAUGUGCAACACAUGCCAUCACUUUGUCGGUGACGUCCUUCACUGUUGUAUAGAUUAUGAGUGCAAAUGCGAAUCUCUGCCGGUUUCAAAUUACGAAUACCCAUCCGAACACAAGGCAACACACAACAUGCUCGUUUUCCGCAUGUCUAUACCGGAUGUUUGCUACAAGCGAGGUCGACACUAUGCUAGGAAUUUCUUAUCUGCUUGUGUGCCAGCUGUGGCACCGUCAGAAGGAUUAUUGGAUGUGCAGGAAGAUGAACCCCAAACACCAUUAGAAGGACCAGAACGUCCCCCUUCAACAGAUACCACUCAAGCUCUAGCAGAUGUGUCUUCCACCUCUCUAAAUUUGCUGGGAGAUGAUGAAGAGUUAAGCGGACACUCGGGAGUGGCAUUCGGGGGGAUAGCUGAAACCUCUGUUGUGAAUGGGAAUGGUUAUAUUUGCGCUGAAUGUGGCGUUAAGCUCAGGGAAAUCCAGACCACCAUUGCCUUAUGUGGUGAUUGUGCAUUCCGCGAUGUAUUCAAUGUGGUCACAGCACACCACCCUCACAAACACUGGCUGGUCAAGAUUAAAGACAUGGUUGAAGACGCAGGUGGAGCAUCAGAUGAACCUCCCAAUGACUCAGACGAGACAAGUUCGCUUUCCUUACGAGUCGACAAGCUGGCUGCAAUGGUGGAAUCUCGCUUUGCUGAGCAGGAUCGCCACCUUGAUGCACUUAUCACGCAGGUUGAUCUACUCGUGCAUAGUCUAGCUGGAUCGACGGGAAAAGCACAGCUUCCCUUGGAGUCCGUCUCGGUUUGAUUGGUUUGUAAAUUGGCAGGCUGUCAUUCUGAUUCUCGUGUAUGGUGUAGAUGAACGCUAACUUGUAAUGUCCCUCACAUCAGCAAAUGGUGAAAUAACAAUGUCC